UUAUUAACAUUGGUGCUGGUAAUUCCAGUUUGUGAAAAAGGCAGGCAGUACGAGUAAAAAAAUGUGUAUGAAGGCGACUGUCUAGACUUGAUCAUGUAAUAGCAGCGUACUGCAUUAUUUUUGCAAUUACGAUCGGAAAAAAGGUGUAUUAAGGGAAGUGGAUUAGUAAAUCAUUAGUAGUUUGGUGUGCUGUAAUAUGGGAAUUGUCGUGAUUAUAAGUGGGCCAUAUGGGGGGAUUACGACAAUGGCUGUUUCUGUUAUCAGAGAGUAUGAAGUGGUGGGGAAAUGAUAGCGACUGUCUAGACAGAACAACUCGCGAACCCACGUUUGUCACGUUCUUUGCCGCGCACUUGUCGUUAGUAUACUUCGGUUUGUUGUUGGUGAUGGUUCAGGCCGUAGUUAAAGUGGUGCCUCCGACUUCGCCCUCUGGCUUCGCGAAGAGGGCCGUUCGAAAGUUUCUCUGUGUUAUGCGAAAUAAAUUUAGCGUAAAUAAAAAGAUGCUGUCGGUGGUAAGCGCCGGCGCCGCGGCGGGGGUGGGCGGCAUGGACCGGCUGCGAAGCCAUGGGGCGGCCCGAGAACUGGCAGCAACACGAGAUCGUCAAGUCCGAUUGCAUGCUGUACAUACUGACAUUGCCAUAAACCUGCCGCCCAGUAUAGCGCUUCCGGAUGGUGAAGAUCAUCCUUUUAAUAACGCUAGACUGCACAUUAGAGAUUCAGAACAGGAAUCGGAAAUAUAUCAAAAAUGCAUAAAACCUCCUCCGAAUCGUACAGUGCUGGAAUCAGAAUCGCCGCCUCCGUACAGAUCAAGUUCGGCGGGCUUAUUAGGAUCAAUAGGUAGUAACAGUUCGGGUAGUAGUGAUUGGUCAGGAGGUAGUGCACCAUUAGUAAUGCGUUGUCAUUCGAUGUCCUCGACCUCGAAACGACCGGAAGCUGCAUCCAGCGGACAAAAGACUGAUUUUAUUCAAAGGACUGUUAAAAUAUUUACUGGUAAGAAAAGUCAGCCACCUCCAGCUCCGACGUUACCGGCGGUCGUCGUGCCGACUCGGCCGCGACAAACGUCCGAGCAACAAAACUCAGGUCGUCCGAAGCCGAGUGUCUGACCUCACGUUUUGACUUCUAGGUGACAUUUGUGAAUUUUUUAGGGAAAACUAUUCCAUAUAAUAUUACUCAUAAUUAAAAAAUUGUACGUUAUUAAAUCGCAGCAACGAAAGACAAGACAGUUGUUAAGUGAAAAUGGACGCAUAGUAUGUGUUUAUCUUAUGUAAAAAAGUGAUUAUUCCCGCAACACUAUUGUUGAAACAUCUUUACUGAUAAAUGCCAAGUAUUUAUAAUUUAGCUUUAUGUACUAUGUACAUUAUUAAAUUUGUCUUACACACGCAGCAUUAUUUAAUUAACCGAUAUUAUAUACUAACUACGAAAUCAAAAAAUGGUGUAUUUGGCAUUUCCGCAUUGGCGCAAUUUGUUUCAACAAUUUUAUAUGUAAAAUUUUAAUGACAGUAGAACAUUGUUCUGUUUUUAAAUAUUGUUUAUAAAUUGGGAUGAAAAUGUGCAAAAAAGUAAAUUGACCAAAUCAAGUAAGUACAUGGGAUUUAAGAAUAUACUGACUUUGUGCUAAAAGUGUUCAUCUAUAGUCAGCCGUCAAAAGAAUAGCUCCAACAGAUAUAAUCAUCACAACUGUUAUUGAUUGUAGCAUUUUUUUGAGCAUUUAAAAUUGUAUACGUCAUCUCUUAUUUUUUAUCUGUUAACAUUUAUAAGUUAUUUAUUAAUUCUAUUAUAUUAUUAUAUUAUUUUUUAUAUUUGUUUUAUAGUGUAAAAUUAUUAUUGUACAUAGUAAAUUAAACUUAUUUAAUUUUGUAUAUUGCUUUAAAGUGAUGCUCAAAUUUUGUACAAUCAAUUACAGACUAAUCUAGCAAAAUGUUAAAUUAUAUAAUUAAUAUAUUACAUAUUGUAUAUGGUAGCAAAGAUCGUAAAUUAUAGUCGACAUAAGCAUAUGUGAUGAAUGGGUGUUUGGGACAUACGUGUAAAAUACUUUUUUCAACAAUGUUUCUUUAUGAAAUUUUAUCUAUUGGGGAAUGUCUCGCAAUAUUAACACCGUAUUGUAUUCAUUUGGGUGCAAUGUGCUCGUUGCGCGACUUAUGUCGCUUGUAAAAUUGUGCUGUGAUAUUAUAUAAAUCACCAUCUAAUAACACAGUCUAAUUAGACAUCGGAGAUGAGGUUACAUUAAGAUUUCCUACAUAUUGACAGUUUGUUUUUUUUUGUUUAGCAAUUUAAUUGUGAGGGACGGUGCGAACAAGCUGCAAAUAUGACUGGUAAUCGGCGAGGAGUUGAAUCUAGUAUUAGGUAAUUGACUGUUCAGGCUUCCACGUUAAUUUAGUGUAUUAUUAUAAUGGGAUAUCGUUACAUAACUCUCGUUCUGUGGCUCGUUUCAACUUCUCGCUAAUAAUCUGUGAAUUUUUAGAACUGUUAUUGUGAAUUUGUCCAAAAAAGUCUGUUAUUUUUGUAUAAGAUUGUAAGGUAAUGUCUACAUCUCGUAACAUUAGCUUCUAACAGUGGAAAAUGUAAUGAUUUUUUUUUUGUUUUGGAAAAUUUGUACAUACCUACUGAAACA